AUGUCCUUACCAGCUACCUUUGACUUGACUCCAGAAGAUGCCCAAUUAUUGUUGGCUGCCAACGCACACUUAGGUGCCAGAAACGUUCAAGUUCACCAAGAACCAUAUGUUCACAGUGCUAGUCCAGAUGGUGUUCACGUCAUCAACAUUGGUAAGACCUGGGAAAAAUUAGUCUUAGCUGCCAGAAUCAUCGCUGCUAUUCCAAACCCAGAAGAUGUUGUUGCCAUCUCUUCCAGAACCUACGGUCAAAGAGCUGUCUUAAAGUAUGCUGCUCACACCGGUGCUACUCCAAUUGCUGGUAGAUUCACUCCAGGUUCUUUUACCAAUUACAUCACCCGUUCUUUCAAGGAACCAAGAUUAGUUAUUGUUACUGACCCAAGAUCUGAUGCUCAAGCUAUCAAGGAAGCUUCUUAUGUUAACAUCCCAGUCAUUGCUUUAACUGACUUAGACUCCCCAUCUGAAUACGUUGAUGUUGCUAUCCCAUGUAACAACAGAGGUAAGCACUCUAUUGGUUUAAUCUGGUACUUAUUAGCCAGAGAAGUCUUAAGAUUAAGAGGUGCUUUAGUUGACAGAACCCAACCAUGGUCUAUCAUGCCAGAUUUAUACUUCUACAGAAACCCAGAGGAAGUUGAACAACAAACCGCUGAAGAAGCUGCUCAAUCUACUGCCACUGAAGAAGAAGCCAAGGAAGAAGUCACUGAAGAGCAAACUGGUGCCUCUGAAUGGGCUGAAGAAAACGCUGAUGCUGCCGAAUGGUAA